AUGAUAGCGUACGACACGGCCAGCCCCACCAGUGCGGCACUAGCAACCUCACCAAACACGUGCAGGUACAAGAAGACUGGUGCAGCAGAGAUCUACCAGAUCGUAGCCCAGAGGGAAUGUCCUGGGGAGAAGAGCGCCAUGGACGCAGAGCAGGGGGGAUCUACUAUUAAGAAAUUAUUUAAAGAAUUUCAUGUUGUGACAGUUCCCUUUUCUCCCCCUCUGACAAUUAGCUUGAGUGGAGUUGAGUUAGCAGUGGAGGCCCUACGAGGCAGGGAAGAAUUGGAUCUUCUCAAUCCUGGUAUCAAAGGACCAAAGCUCAACUUUCCAGGUGGUAGCUGGCUUGAAGCUAAGGAAAUACAACAACUACUGGACCAGAGAAAGGCUGUACUUGCUGCACCUUGUAUUUACAAGCUGUCUGAUGUCAUCUUGGGGGAAUAUAAUCCUGAACUGGGCUUGGUGAUGCUCAAGAAAACUGCAGGCAAAAAAUGGGGUUACAUGGGUUUAUCUCUGAAGAGUCAGACCUACCUAUAUCCUGAAGAGGCUAUCUUCCUCAUGGAAAUGAAAAUGAUGGAGCUGGUGCAUGAAGGGAUACCUAUCAGCACCCAAAGAGCCUUCAAUCUUCUUUUGACAUCCUGUGACUCUCUUGAACAGUAUAAAGUGUAUGCAUACCUGUCUCAAGAAGGUUAUAAAGUCAUGAGGUAUAGGUCAAGGGAUGUCACAUGGUAUGAGAAACGUAUUCGCCUUCACACCUAUCAACACAAGAGAGAGAAGAAACCAGUACCCAUCCAAAUGUCUGCAAGUUCUCAGGAUUCUGUGCAUCAGGAGUCUUUCCUCUCUUUAUCAAGCAAGGAAGUCAAGCAACAUGAGAUGGACUUUGAGGAUAUUGAAACUGUGAUACUGGAUGGGACAUUGGAGAAGCCUUCUACGGAACAUGUAAUACAGGCAUCUAAAUGUAAGAAUCUCAGAGAAGUAUCUAUGGAAUCCCUUCCCUCUGUCCAAAAACAUGUGGAGAUUCCAAAAAGUGCUGAAGAUGCUUCACCUGUUAAAAGUGAGAGUGAAGGAAAUGUUCAGGCUGAAUCUGCAUCCAACGAGAUUACAGCCUUUUCUAAUUCAGAAGAAAGGGAAGAGGUAGAGGUUUGUCUCCCCACCAUCCUUGCAUCAGCUGCUGCAUCAGUAAAAAUCUCAGAUGAUGUGAAAGAGACAGAAGGGAAAAGUGAGCCCUUUUUUGCUGUAGCUUGUUCCUUGGAAGAUGUGAUUGAGGCUUCCCUGCCAGAUUCUUCUAAACCUUCUAACAAUGAUGGUGAAUUUAAUGAUUCUUCAUCCCAGAAAUCAAUUGAAGUGAUAGAGAUAACAGAUGAUUUAGAAGGCAUGUCAAGUGAUAAAGUCAUUCUGUCUGGUAAGUCCCAGCCAGGAUUGAAAGAUUGUGAAGACGUAAUUGUUUUAGAUUCUGAUGGGGAUGAUACUUGUGCUGCAAGCACCUUAACUCAAGGGAGACAAUUGAAGCAGAAGAAAUCUUCACCCCUGCAGGAUUUAGUUAAGUCCUGUGCUCCAAAGCGAAUGAAGGCUGAUACCAAGCAGAAUGUGGAGGUCAUAACAGUUUUGGACUCUCCAGUUUUCAGCCCGCCUCCUUCAUCAUCUCGAGAUGAACUCCUUUCCAUCAUUCCAAACAUGUAUGGGCGUAACAGAAUCACAUUGCAAGUUCACAGGGAUAUCCUCCUUCCUCCUAAUUCUGAGCCCAUUAAAGAUGAGUACACCAUUGACAUUGCAAAAAUGCAGGCUGAAGUGAGAGAAAAAGUUGCUAAGACUACAUCAAGGUCUCAGAAGGAACCUCCUAAACCUUCCUCUACUGGAUUCCAAAGAAAUGCUAGCCUGCAGUCAAACUUCAAUACUUCCUCAAACUGGCAAAGAUAUCAAAGACCUCCCCUAAGUUCACAUCAAUUUGAACAUUUCCACAGCCAGACACAUUUUAGAAUGGAAUCUGCUCCAGGUCAUUGGUCUGGAAGUUCUUAUUAUGAUCCCAUGCCUCCCUUUGUUCCUAUGCCUUCUCAUCACAUAGAUCCCUGGAUUCAGGAGCAUUAUCCUCCUAACUUUAUGUAUAACUACCCCCCGCCCUUUAGUGGGAGGAACUCUGGCCAAUCUGGUUAUCCACCUCCAGCCCAGCAACAUUUCUUCCCCAGGGCAGCACAGCCAAGACAUAGGCAUGCAUUUAUAGGACAAAGUCAUGGGCACCGAGGGGCAUGGUCAAAGUAUCGUCAAAAUGCUCAUGCCAGAAAAAAUGAAUCAAGAAGUGGAGUUUUCAGGAAUCAAGACAAAAAUGAGAGCUAUGAAAGUGCCUUUCCAAGAAUUCCUCCUGAAGUGGAGAGUUGGAGGAAGGUGAAGAUUAAGUUGAAGGACAAAGAAGAAAAGGAGACUUUGACUAAAGGACCUCUGAAAUCUCUCUGGAAUGGAACUGUGAAACCUCUCAUUGAACCCAAGGAUGCUGUUAAUGUUGGUACAGUACUGAGGCAGAUUGAUGUGGGGCCAACAGCCACAAACAGUGCAGAAAUAGUUCAGGAAGAAAGUUUAUCAAGUGAUGAAGUAAUUUUUGAUAUUCACCUCCCAACAGUUACAGUGAAGAGACACCAUCCUCCUGAGCCUUUACUGCGUGUCUUCCUUCUACCUACAAGACAUGAGACUAUGGCCUCAGUCAUAAAGAGGGUUCAAGCUUGGCAGAGAGAAAGAGCAGAUGAAGUCCCUAUUGUUGUUGCACGGUGUGUGGGAUCUUCUGUCCAGUUCUUCCACUUCAGGGACUUUGUGUUACCUUCACCUGAUGGCUGAAGUGCAUUUGUGAUAAGGUGGAUAAGGCAUGAAGAUCAUUCUUGAAGAACUCAUUACUUGUAUCUAUCUGCUCUUGUGAUAAUGGCUGGCUUAUUCGAAGCAACUAAAGUCCAAUCAGCGC